AUGACUUCCAUUGGCACUGGGUACGAUCUCUCCAACUCAGUUUUCUCUCCAGAUGGUCGCAACUUCCAGGUAGAAUAUGCCGUUAAGGCGGUAGAGAAUGGAGGGACAGCCAUUGGUAUCAGGUGCAAAGACGGUGUUGUGCUCGCAGUAGAGAAAAUCAUUACCAGCAAGCUUCUGAAGCCUGGCGCCAAUAAGAGAAUAGCUACGGUUGAUCGUCACGUUGGCAUUGUUUCCGCCGGACUGGUGCCAGACGGGCGACAUUUCGUUUCUCGGGCCCGUGACGAGGCUUCAUCGUGGAGAAGUGUCUACAAAGGGCCAAUUCCAACCUCCGCGCUAUCCAAUCGCCUUGGGAGUUACGUGCAAGCCUACACACUCUACUCUAGUGUCAGGCCUUUUGGCGUGACCGCUAUUGUCGGAGGCUGGGACUCCGAAGCCGAGCUUGCUGUCGACGGUCUAUAUAUGAUUGAACCAAGCGGCCUGUACUGGGGUUAUUAUGGCGCUGCCACUGGGAAAGGGAGACAAGCAGCCAAGGCUGAGCUUGAGAAACUCGACCUGAGCUCCGGCACACUGAGCCUUCUCGAUGGAGUGAAGGAAGCGGCUCGAAUUAUUUAUGUCGCCCAUGAAGACAGUAAGGACAAGGAUUUUGAACUGGAAAUGACUUGGAUCAGUUCAUUAGACGGUCCGACAAAGGGGAGGCACGAGGAGGUACCUAGAGAACUCCGUGAGGAGGCAGAGCGGGCAGCAAAGAGAGCUCUGGAGGGAGAGGAUGAGGACGAAGACGCAACAAAGGGUGACUCGAACGAGAAUGAACGGAUGGAGGAGUGA